GAGGAUGGUAGCGGCAGUGGAGGGCAAGGAGGUGGAGGGGGUGCUGCUGCCCCUGGAGGAAGUUGCCGAGAAGGAUCUCGGCAUCAUGCUCAAGCGCCCGGAUAAGAAGGCCGAGCGGGCGCUACUCUUUUCAAUGAAGAAGCUACAGCUCGAGGCAGAGGAGGAUGCUGUUGCAGCACUCCCCCUCGUUGUGGCUCUUCUCUUCAUGCAGGUACGCCUCUCUCCCUUCCUCUCUUUCUCCCUGAUCGUUCUUCCGCUCCUCCUUCUCCUGCCUUCUCCUCUUUCUUCUCCUCUUUCUUCCACUCUUUCUUCCCCUCUUUCUCCUGCUGUUUUCUUUCGCUCGUUCUUCCCCGCCUUUCCCAACAAAACCCUUUACCUGCUUUCCCUCAUGGCCUCUCUGUCAGUACCUCCCAUCCGUUUGUGCCCCCCUUUUGAGACGUCUCAAAGGUUCUCUGCCACUACCUCUAUAUUUAAGGCACCUCAAAAACAGUCCCCUCACGGCCUCUCUGCCUCUGCCACUACCCCACAUCCGUUUUUGCCCCUCUUCGUCUCCCCCACCCCCACUCAGGCACACAACAAGGCCCUUCAGGCCCCCGGCUGCGCUCUUUCCGCUGUCAUCACCCAUCUCAAGUCCUCGCUCUCUCCCACAGACUUCUCCUCUCUCUCCGCCUUGCACUCUGCUGUUGUCGCGGCCAUUGGCAAGCGCACAGCAGGGGGGAGAGGGCAGGCGGGGGAGGGGGAAGGGGGGGAGGGAGGGGAGAAGGGGGUGGAUAUGGAAGCGCUGUUGAAGGGACUGAAGGAGGUGGCUCUGGGGAAAGCCAAGGAGGGUAAGGGCGGUAGUGACGAGUGA